GUCUUGUGCAGAAGUCGGGGUUCCCGUGGACCUGGCAACCCUGCUGCUGUUAGCCGUUAGCUACAUUAGCACGCCCACUGCACCGCUCACAUGAACGCGCAGUCUCACCAACUCGCACUAUAAACCCGUUUACUGAAUAAAGGAGGAGAAGACGCUGCUCAGGUCGUGUUACUGAUCAUGGAUUAUGGGAGGCGGAGCGUACGCUGCGACCGUACGGGACGUGCGGAAAACAAGGAUCACGACUAUAGAGACGUGGACUACCGCGGGUACCCGAUUGAUGGCGAGGGUUUAGGUAAAGACAGGCAGCACGGACACGGAGAGUUUGAUGACAGCCGGUUCAGAGGAAGAGGAAACCGAGACGGCGGAGACGGACCGCGGCGAGGGAGCGGCUUCUCGAAUUCCCACGCACACUUCGAGCAGGAGGAGAGAGACUUCCGGCCGGAGGAUGAGCACGAUGUCCACACGCGGGACUACGAGCGCUACAGACGCAGAACAGAAGACUGGAGGAGAGACGGAGGACAAGUGGAGGAGGAGAAAUAUUCCAGAAAUGUCCGAUCAAGAAGGGGCGGAUGGAGGGACGAGGACGGAGAGAUGAAUUACAGGGCGGAGUCGGGCGUAGAGGACGCCGAGCUGCGUGAUCAGGAUUACAGAGCCGAAGACCAGAAACCCAGCAACAUCAUCAUGCUGAGGAUGCUCCCACCCGAUGCCACCGCCAACGAGAUUCGAGCCCUGCUCCAGGUUCAGGGGAUUCAGCCACGAGAUGUUCGCCUCAUGAGGAACAAAUCAUCAGGUCAGAGCCGAGGAUUCGCCUUCGUCGAGUUUAAUCACUUGCAGGAGGCCAGCCGCUGGAUGGAGACCAACCAGAGAGUGCUCACUGUUCUGGGACACAGGGUGUCUAUGCACUAUAGUGACCCAAAGCCACGUGCUAACGAGGACUGGCUCUGUAACAAGUGUGGAGUGCAGAACUUCAAGCGAAGGGAGAAAUGUUUCAAAUGUGGAGUUCCAAAAGCAGACGCCGAGCACAAACUGGCCAUGCCACAUAAAGAUUUACCCCCGAGACAGUUAAAGGACUCGUCCCAGGGUUUACUGCCUCUUCCUAGCAUCUAUCAGACAGCCACCCCUCUGCUCAACGUCGCCGCCUCAUCUCAGACCGCAGAGGCAGCAAACGACACCCUAAUCCUCAGGAAUCUUGGUCCUCACACCACGUUGGAAGCCAUUCUGUCAUCUCUGGCGCCAUUCGCCACUCUCUCUUCUUCCAACGUCCGGCUCAUUAAAGACAAACAGACGCAGCUGAAUCGUGGGUUUGCCUUCGUACAGCUCACCACCAUCGUGGAGGCGUCUCAGCUGCUGCAGAUCCUUCAGGCUCUUCAGCCUCCGCUGUCCAUCGAUGGGAAAAAUGUGACUGUUGAGUUCGCCAAGGGCUCAAAACGAGAGGCGAGUGUGACUGACAGCAGUCGUGUGAGUGCAGCUACAGUCGCAAGUACAGCCAUUGCUGCAGCACAGUGGGCGGUUUCCCAGCUUUCUGCAGGAGGAGACGUGAGCUUGUACCAGCAGGGGGCAGCAACAUCAGCGUUCACGCAGCAGAGACCCGAAGGAGUUACUGCAGAAGCAGUUAGCUAUCAAGGGGCCGGGGUGGUUAUAGGGGCAGGCCCUGUGACGAACUCUGCUCCAGGAUUAAUCGGCACAAACGAAGCGGUGGGCGUGACCCCAGCUGCUUUGGUUCCCACGGUAGCCGAAGGUGCUGCCAUCAGUCCCGCACUCACACAGAUACACUCGCAAGUUAUCAGUGCAAGGCCAAACCAGGUUGAGAUCGUUGGAAAGCCUCAGCCUGCUACCCCUGGAACGCAGUAUGAGCGUCAGCAGUACCCUGAUCCUGAUGUGUCUACGUAUCAGUAUGACGAAAGCUCAGGUUAUUACUAUGAUCCUCUGACGGGACUUUACUACGAUCCCAACUCACAGUACUACUACAACUUUCACACUCAGCAGUACAUGUACUGGGACGGAGAAAAACACACCUACAUUUCUGCCCCUAAUGACGGCACUGAUCCUGAUGCCACGGCAGCAAGCUCUGACCUCUCCGCUUUGACAAAGGACAAGAAGGACAAACCCAAAACCAAGACUGCACAGCAGAUCGCCAAGGACAUGGAACGCUGGGCUAAAAGCAUGAACAGGCAGAAGGAGAGUGUUCGCUCGGCAUCCUCCGCUCUCGCCCAGGCUCGACUCGCAGAUGAGCGCCGAGAAUCAGCCAGCGCCGACGCCGGAUACGCCAUUCUGAAGAAGAAGGGCGCUCUGUUGGAGCAGCUGCCGAUUCUGGCGGAGCACAUACAGCAUCUUGAAGAAAGAGAGAGCUCUCCUCUUCUCAGUUCAGCACCAGUGCCCAGAGGAGAGAUGGAUUCACAGGAUGUGGGAGGAGUAGAGAGAGAGGAGAGGAUGACGGACUGGGCGAAACUGGCAUGUUUACUCUGCAGGAGACAGUUUCCCAGUAAAGAGGCUUUAAUCCGACACCAGCAGCUCUCAGAGCUCCACAAGCAAAACCUUGAGCAGAAACGAGCUCGACAGGAGAGUACGGAGAGCCAGAUGAAAUACAGGAGCGACACACCGGAUGCCAAGAAGAGGAAAUACAGCCCCAUGUGAUGUGUAGACACACCGAGUGCACUAACAGAGUCCACAUCAUGUCACACUGAGCCAUAAUUAACACAGAGUGUUAGGAUUGUAUUCAGUACAAUUCUUCCUUCAAUUAUUCCGCACGCUGCAUCUCUCCUAGUGUUAAGUAAUGCCUUCUUCUGUAAUAAGAAUCCACUGAGGAAAAUGUCUUUGACAAAAUCUUCACCACAGUGUGGUGUCUCACAGCCUUUACUUUCAGGAAAAAAUAGCAUAUUGUCAAGAACAAUCAGAAUUGGGUUAUUUUUUUAUUUUUUAUUAUGUUUUUUUAUUUUAAAAGUUAUGUUUACUUUAUAUUUCACUGUCAUGAAUCAUAGUCCUCUCAUGGACAGUGCGUGUUUGUGGAGGAGGUGUAUAUGGAUGUUGUUGAUUCUUGUUGUAAUAAGUGUAAAAUAUUAGACAGCAUAUAAGGGUUUAAUUGUUAUCUUUUUAUAAUGUUUUGUGAGGGACGGCAAAUUAUUCAGGAUUAAAUAAAAAAAAAAAAACAUGUUUUUUUUAUCAUACAGAAAAAAUGUUAAAGCAAUAUUUUACCUGAAUGAUGUCAUUAUCUGUGACUGGAAUUAAAUAACACUGUUAAUGAUUGUUAUAUAGUGUAAACCUGUUAAUUCAGAUUUCUCAAGAUUUGGGGUGUAAAAUUAUCCACAAGGUGUCACUCUGUCAAACACUAGAGACGUUCAAUUUCCGUUCUGUACUCGAUUUUCUUUUUUUUUUUGUGCCUGAUGGCGUUCGCCUGAUGGUGUGUGCAUUGUUGGGGAUUAGUCCUAUAUUUCUCGUUCAAAUCACAAUCACUAGUUUAGCAUGAUUGCCAGUUAGCUAUGUUUUACUGACCAAUCCUUCAAGACAAUUUAAUUGUCCUUGCAUUAUUUUUUAUGAACAUUUAUCUUAGCUAGCGAAACAAUGAAUCCUAGGCAACAUGUUUUGAGUCAAGGGUACAACAAGCUAGUUAGCUAGCUAAAUAAUUUGACCGUAGAAUUAUUCCGGGAUUAAGUCGUGUAUGGUGUGUGUUAAAUCCUGUUGCUACAUAUCAAAAAGUCACAAGCCAACAAGGAAAUGGGAGUGUGUCUGGUUUCUGUCUGAUGGACAUGAUGGGUGGGGAAAAAAAGCGAUGCAUAUACAUUAUCUCUCCAGGGAAAUAUUUAUAUUUUUGUAAGUUAGGAGGCCUUUUAAUGAACUGUUUUAUGAGCAGAGAUUUUAAAAGAAAAGAGCCAAUGCCGUUAGAGUUACGUCACCCCUGUCUUGUUAAUUGUUUGUAAAUGUAAAAUGUUAUAUAAAUGACAAAUAAAGCAUUGGAUAGCAUUGUACACUGCA